AUGGCUUCUAUGGAUCGCAGUCCGUCCAUCUGUUCAAAGUCCCUCGAGUAUGAGGAGACAGAGAAGACCGACGUAGAGAUGGUUGAGACGGUCUCCCAGACCCAACAAUGUGCCGAGGAAGGCGCUUGGGCAUCAGCGAAGAAGAACCCCAAGGUAAUUCUCUACAGUGUGGCUGCUUGCGUGAGCUCGAUGCUCUGGGGAUUUGACAUUGGAGUGAAUUCCAUCAGUACGGCAUUGCCGUCGUUUAAAAUGGUCUUCGGAUAUGAAUAUGAGGGCGAGCUCCUAAUCUCCGCCACCUGGAAUGCCCUAUGGACGGCAAUGACAUCGCUUGGAAUGUUGGUUGGAAGUAUCAUAUGUGGUUGGGCCUCGGAUCGCGGUGGUCGCAGACUUGGACUCACAAUUGGUUCGGCUAUUUCUUUGCUUGGUGUCGGCCUCGAAUAUGCUGCCAGCGAACCUGGUAUGCUUCUUGCUGGCAAGAUUAUCAAUGGCGUGGCUCUGGGUUUCUUCCUGACCCUAGGCUCUACAUAUGCCUCAGAGAUCGCACCUACUGCCUUGCGUCCUUCUUUAACCGCUGCUGUCAACCUCUUUAUCAAUGCUGGCCAGCUAAUGGCCAUUGGCAUCGGUAACACCCGCUUCACUAUCAUGACGCCCGAUUCAUAUAAGGUAAUAUUUGCGGCACAAUGGGCGUUCCCUUGCUUCAUCGCCCUGUGGGCCAUAUUCAUGCCCGAAAGUCCCUGGUAUCUCCUCCGAAAGGGGAAAAUUGAGCAAGCACAAGCUAGUCUGCGGAGACUCCACCUGAAAGCGACUGACGUGACCGUAAUUCUGGGCGAAAUUCAAUCCUCUAUUGCUGCUGAGAAUGCGAUUCUGGAUAUUCAAAAGGACGCGUCGUACUGGGACUGCUUGCGGGGUACUAAUUGGCGCAGGACUCGCAUUUCGUGUGGAAUGUUUGCGGUGCAGCAGUUCACUGGUAUCGCAUUCUACGCACAGGCCUUAUACUUCCUAGGUAUCUCUGGUCUACCUACGUCUCUGAACUUUCAGCUCGCGCUAGGAGGGUUUGGUGUAGCAAUGCUGGGAAACAUCAUCUCAUGGUUCAUCAUGAAUUAUAUUGGACGUCGACCGCUACUUUUGACUGGUAUUGCCAUUAAUGGUCUCUGUCUAAUGUCUGUUGGUGUUGCCGGAUGCUUCACGACCAUGGCUGCUUUAUAUUACAUUGGAUAUGUGAUGAAUUUCGCCCAAAUCUUCUAUGCUCCGACCGUUGGAGCUGUUACCUGGACCAUCAGCGCAGAAGUCAGUUCAAGCAAGCUCCGAGCCAAAACACAAAGUUUGGCAAUCUUUACCAAUGCGUUGGUUAGCUGGGCGAUGAAUUUCAUUGCCCCUUACCUGAUUAACAAUGAUGAGGCCAACCUGGGAGGCAAGGCUGCAUUUGUUUGGGUAGCGCUCUGUGUUGUGAGUUUGGUCUGGGCCUGGUUUGAAGUUCCCGAGCUCAAGGGUCGUACGUUUGCCGAACUAGACGACAUCUUUUCUCAAAUGACGUCCACAAGGAAGUUUAAGAACGCGACGGCUGAUUCUAGCUCAUGA